AUGUUAUAUGAUGACUUUAAACCUAUUGUGGAUAUUGUCCUCAACAAUUGGACUGCUUUGCAACUCGCUGUUGAGCAUGGAAUGGGUGCUCCUGGCGGUGAGAAGACUGCACAGUUGAUGUCCGUAUAUGUGGCGAGAUUUUGCGUUGAGAACAUUGCAGAUGUUGAUGAACUUACUGAGGUUCUGGAAGACUUAAUGGAUGAAGAAUUUGAAACAGUGUGUCAUGACAAUUCACCAAGGGAAGUGGCAGCUUUGUUAUUGAAUUUCCUAACAUUAUUAAAGGAUGGUCAACAUGAAGAACUAAGAAACCGUGUUGAGGCAAUGCCCAAAUGUCAAAAGUGGCUUAGCACACCUAUUCAUGAUGAAUCCACUCCACCUCAGUGCCAUGGAAACCCAGAUGACAAUACUACAAGUAGUAGUGGUGAAGAAGAAGAAACUGAUAGAAAUGUUAUUGAGAGUAAUUCUGCUCCUGAGCCUAUGGAAGAAGAUCCUGAACCUGGUUGGACUGUAGUUAGAACACGAAGAAAAAAAUAA